GCGCGCACAUGGCGCUGCGGAGCCGCCGGCGGAGACCGGCUCCAGCCGGUAUAUAAGGGCCGGGAGCGAGCGCAGAGCAACCGCCGCCGCCGCGGGCAGCGGGAGCAGCAGCGGCCGGAGGGGCCGCCGCCUCCUCCUCCUCUUCCUCCUCUUCCUCGCCUCCCUCCUCCUCUCCUCGCCGCCGAGGGUCGCCCGCCCUGCCCCGGCCAUGGGCAGCCCCUAGCCCCGCCGCAGCACCCAGCGCCGCCCGAUCAAAAAAUGACUGUCAAAGCUGUAAAAAUGCCGUGCACCGCUGCAAAUGUUUAUACUAAAGUGCCUGACGGAGGAUGGGGUUGGACAGUUGCUUUUGCUUUCUUCUUUGUGGAAGCUCUAACGUACGGCAUUAUAAAAUCAUUUGGUGUUUUCUUCAAUGACCUGAUGGAAAGCUUUGAUGAAACCAACAGCAGGAUAUCCUGGAUAAUAUCCAUAUGUGUGUUUGUACAGACCUUCACAGCUCCUCUGUCAACGGUCCUCAGCAAUCGCUUCGGCCACCGCUUUGUGGUGAUGGCUGGAGGGGUGCUGAUCAGCACCGGCAUGGUCACCGCCUCCUUUGCCCGCACUGUUGUGGACAUGUAUGUCACCAUCGGUGUCAUCUCUGGCCUUGGAUACUGCCUCUCUUUCCUCCCGACUGUCACCAUUUUAUCACAGUAUUUUGACAAAAGACGUUCGCUGGUCACAGCAGUGGCAUCUACAGGGGAAUGUUUUGCUGUUUUCUCCUUUGCACCAGCAAUUACUGCUUUGAAGGAGCAGAUUGGCUGGAGAUACAGCCUCCUUUCUGUCGGGGUGCUCCAGCUAAGCAUUGUCAUCUGCGGAUCACUGCUGCGACCCAUUAUCAUCAAAGAGCAAGAAGAAGUGAAAGCACAGCCUCCAGAAGAGCCCACGGAGACAAAGUACAUGCUUGAAAACGAGCAAACACGCACCUCAAUAGAGUCCAUAGACUCAGGAGUAGAAAUAACUACCUCACCCAGCAAUGUGCCUGGAAACACCAAAGCAGAGCCGAAAAGUGAAGAACCAAAGGAACACGUACAGAUACUUGUUGAAAAUAACAGCACCCCUCCAGAACCAAAUACCAAACUACUGGACUUCUCUGUGAUGAGAGACUAUAGCUUUAUAUGUUAUGCAUUCUUUGGCCUGUUUGCUACUCUGGGCUUCUUUGCUCCCUCCCUCUACAUCAUUCCACUGAGCCUCAGCCUUGGCAUCAGCAAAGACCACUCUGCAUACAUACUGUCUGCCAUGGCGAUCGCAGAGGUCUUUGGAAGAAUUUCAGCUGGCUGGGUUCUCAACAAAAAGCCUAUCCGCAAGAUCUACAUUGAACUCAUCUGCGUCGUUCUGCUGUCCGUAGCGUUGUUUGCCUUCCCUUUUGCCUCUGAAUUCUGGGGCUUGAUGACAUGUAGCAUAUUUUUUGGGUUCAUGCUCGGGACGGUAGCAGGCACGCAUAUUCCCCUCCUGGCAGAAGACGACGUGGUUGGCAUCGCAAAGAUGUCUUCUGCGGCUGGAGUCUAUGUCUUCAUUCAAAGCUUAGCUGGGUUGGCUGGACCACCCCUUGCAGGUGUCUUAGUGGAUACGACACAGAACUACAGCUCGGCCUUUUAUUCCUGUGCUGCUGGCAUGGUCCUGGGUGCUGUGUUUCUGUCCCUGGUGAGACCGUGCAAGGCUGGGCUGUGCCACCGCCAGCAGCAGUGCGCGGAGGAGACCGCGGCAGAGGUUGUCCCGGAGUUACCAGAUGACUUUAUUGAAAUGGAUAUUGGAAAAGCAGAAAAUUCAGGAAAAGGCUGUGAUGGUGUGGUGUAAAAAAAAAAAAAAAACCUCUGUUCCUUUUCCAUCUAAUGUACUCGGCGUAAGACUGGGGAAAACAUCAGCUCUGCUCCAUGUUUUAAAACUACAUUCUAAGGGGAAUGUGAAAUUUUAAAUGUGAACAGUUGCUACCAACUUUUUUUUUUAUUAGAAAGAACUUUUUUAACCAACAAUGGAAAGCUCUAUAGAAAAUACAGAUAGCCGCAUAAGAAUAACAACUGUCUAGCAUGAAGAUGUGAUGCACACUCCUGCUUUCCUGACAAUAAGCAUCGGUAAAGGUUCGACUGAUCCCAGAAAAACUGCGAACAGCCACAGAGAAGCAGCUCAGCCUCUGCCUGUCCUUACCCAUCGCCCACCACAAAUUCCAUGCAGACAAGAAACCGAUGAUACGAACUGGAGACGAGCAUUUCGUACACCACCAGUAGCCAACUGAAUCUUCUUCUGGAAGAAUAUGGACUCAUGUUUUAGAUUUGAGGAGGAGGCUAGGCUAGAUAGCUGACCUAAACCAUUGAUAAUGUUCUUCUAAUUAACUUGAACGUCACAAAUGCUGGGAAAUAGGAGGCUCCGUAUGUCUUUAUGGCCAGUUAUUGCUGCACAUAUUUCAUAAGAUCAUUUUUCUUCUCCUGAUUGGUAUCCUUAGAACUGUUUUCUAUUGAUAGGCAGAUCUGAUGUACUGUUUCUAAUUUAACUAGUAUUUAUUAAUUUAUUCUAAGAGUGUUAAAGGAGGUUAGCUUAAAUAACUGGAGAGGAAAAAUCAUCUUUUGCAUAACGGAAAGCUGUCCUUAUAUCAAUCUCUUCAAUACCUAUCUUGUAUUGCUAGCUUGUGAAAUUGUUGGGAAACUUACUCUUACAGCAUAGAGUGUAGCUGUUUUUAAUAGGUAGGUCUUAGGUAACCCAGUUAUUUAAAGGAAAAAAAAAAACAAAAAAAACAACAACAUAAAAAAAAAAAAACAACAAAAAACAAAACCAAACCAACAAAUAAUAAACUACAGAUCCAGCAUCUCUUUCCUUAAGGCCUCAGCUGGGGUCACCGGACCCAGCUCCGCUGCCGUAGCCAGCCCACCCCACAGGGAGGAUCUGGCCCAGUAUGUCUUAAUGUACCCCAAACCUUCGCUUCCAGGUGCACAAGGAAAUCUUUGCCCCAUUGCUGAAUGAAGGUGGAAGCCCCCCCGGCCCCUCGCAGUCUGCUCCCCGCAUCUGCCAACCGGCGGGGGCACGGGGUGGCUGGUCUGAGCUGUACCCCCUUCCCCGGCUCUCCCUGCUCCCCCAAAGUCAGCAAGAGGUUUUUUAGAGACUUUUUUUUUUUUUUUUUUUUUUUUUGGCUGCUGACUUCAGUGAGAACUGGAGCCUGUGCACGUGGAAGGCAUGAAGGGAAUGAUCAAAGCCAACAUAUUAGCUCGUCAUUUAGUCUUAAUGGGAGAGAUUCCUACUCACAGUGACACAAGCUUGCUUACCCCACCUAUAUGCAUCUUAACGCCUCUAGGCAACUCAGGGGGACAAAUAAAACAAGUCUGUUUUGGUUUGGAGAAAAAGCCAAACCAACAUUUCUGUGUAUUUAAGUGGAAGUGGUAUCAUGCAUUAACUGCUAUGCUGACCUGUCUGUAUUUUACCAGCCAUAGAAAUGUGGGACAAUCUGUUUAAAAAAAAAAACAAACAA